CAUGUGUUGCUGAGUGAGCACUGGUCAGGAAUAAAAUGGCUUCAGGAAAUUCAUCAGCAGUUUAGAACUAUGAAGAUUGUUAAUAUGUUCCGGUUUGGUUUUGGACUGUGUGUUAGGGUGGAAUAAAGGGAAAAUACAUAACCUGCAGUAAGGUCAGUAGACUCAAAUGGCUGACAUGGUGGGUAUGUGGGAGGUACCUCUCAGUGACGGGAUUUACCAGAUUGAAUUUGAGCAUGGAACCACUACAGGGAAGCGGGUAAUUUAUAUCAAUGGAAAAGAGAUCCUCAGGCGGGACUGGAUGUUCAAACUGGUGGGUAAGGAAACAUUUCCUGUUGGACAUACAGGAGCAAAAGCUACUAUAAAUAUCGAAGCACUUACCGGCUUUACUUAUGAGUACACUCUGGAAAUCAAUGGAAAGAGCCUCCAGACUUUUCAAGACAACUGGGCCAAAAUAUCCAAGACUUGGCUGCUGAAACUUGAUGGUGCUGACUGUAGAAUUGUUCUCGAGAAAGACACCAUGGAUGUAUGGUGCAAUGGUCAAAAGGUGGAAACCACGGGGGAGUUUACAGAUGAUGGCACUGAGACGCACUUUGCAGUAGGGAAACUUGAGUGUUGCAUAAAAGCCACUGGCAGUGGGAAGAAAAGAAAUGGAGUAAUGCACACUCUGCUUGUGAAUGGGACAAAGGUCAUGUGAUAGCGAAGAAGGACUUGUUUCAUUUUUGAGUACUUGAGGAUCAGGUGGCAAAGGAACAAGCGGUUACUUCCUUGUACUCUGGCACUUCUGAAUGUAUUGUUUUUGAAAAGUGAUUAACUAAAUGACCUGUAGUUUGACUUGGGAAAAACUCCACUAUAGAACAAUAAAUGAAAUAAAUAUGA